CCAGAAAAUUAUCAACCUUUUUACAUAAUUUGAUUAAUUAUUCCGAAUAUUUUUCAUUUUUAAUUUACGCUUUGAUUUUUUGGUUUCAUUCUUCCGUUUUCUGGAGAAUUAUUCCCUGGAAACAGAAAAUCUCGAGAUUAGCUUUUACAUUCCCUCCAGUUCCUGAGUCGCCAGAGAGAGAAUUGGCUUCACCUUUCAUUGUCAUCCCCACAAGGCUGCAGCGGUUGUUUCGAUUUCUUCUAAUGAUGCAUCGCAUGCAACAACCUCUAGGGCUUAGUGCGAUUUAGGUCUCUCCCUGUUAGCUCUAGUUUCGAUUUUCCCGGAUAGUUUGUGAGAGAAUCUUUGGAUAUAAUCUCAGAUGGAAUUAGGAACGGUCUCUCCGUCCGGAGAUCAUAUCAAAUGUUGUGACUGUGGAUGCGAUUGUUCUCCAGAUUCCUGGAUUCGAUCUGUGAAGAGACGACACGAGGAAUUAGAGAGCCAGAAACGUUUCUCUAUACCGGAGCUGGACGGCUUAGAGCUGCUUUCUAAUCCCAAAGUCCAUAUCGAGAACGAAAUUGAAUUACUUCGCGAGACUGUUACCAGCCAACAGCAAUCGAUUCAGGAACUGUAUGACGAACUCGAGAAAGAGCGGAAUGCUUCAUCAUCAGCUGCUUAUGAAACAUUGGCUGUGAUGCAGAGGUUGCAGAACGAAAAGGCUGAGCUUCAGAUGGAACUCAGGCAAUAUAAGCUUUACGCCGAGGAAAAAAUGGAACAUGACCAGCAAGAGAUCUUGGCAUUGGAAGAUCUCGUCUAUCAAAGGGAGCAGACGAUUCUGGCUCUUACUUGUGAAACUCAGGUUUAUAAGCAUAGGAUGAUGAGUUACGGGCUCACCGAGGCAGAAGCUGAUGGUGACAGGAGCUUGCUUAGUCGUAACCCGAGCAUCGAUUCUGUAUUUGACCCUCCUACAAAUGACUACCCUCCAUUGAAGUGCAAUAUCAAUGAGAACCAAGAUCCUCUGCAGGCUGAUAUCUACGUUGCAGAUGAUGAAAACUACCCACCAGCUGAUUCGCCUCAUGGGAGAGAGCAUUUGAAGACGUUGGAUCUAAGAAUCAGCCAGAUGGAGACAAGUCCUAGCUUUACUCAGUUGGAUGGUGAGUUCCCGAGAGCGACAGGGCGGGAUGUUUCAGAAACGUUAGUGGCUGGUCAGAGUCCUAGGCGUCAAAGACAUUUUAGGAGGAUUUCCACCGCUAGCUCAAGUUCACAUUUGGGAGCAUCUAAAGAAGUUAGACCUGAUGUUUUUGUUGAUUCCCCGAGGUUCGAAAGCAAAGUGGAAAAUGUCUCAUAUACAGAGACUUGUGGUAAAGAUGACUCAUCGGAUAUAGGAGAUGACAUGAGCGAUAGAGUUUAUACCAUUGACUCUGUCCAUCACAGUGUGUCUCAUAGUGGUGUAACUGAAGAGAAGCUUGAGGCUGAAACUUCCGAUGGCAAUUCGGUUUUCCCGAGAGAACAAAAGGAUCUUGGUGAUCCUCCUGAUAUAACGAAACUCUACAUGAGGCUUCAAGCACUGGAAGCUGACAGGGAAUCAAUGAAACAGGCGUUUCUGUCUAUGAGGACCGAAAACGCUCAAGCGGUACUGUUGAAAGAAAUUGCUCUUCAUUUAUCAAAGGAAGUCGUCCCUCAACGAAGGUUGCCUUUACGGAAAGCAUCCAUUGCCGGGCCAUUGACUUUUACGCCAGUCUUUAAGUGGAUCACAUCUUUUGUUUCCUGGAGAAGAAAGGCUCGUCGAAGCAAGUACAUGUUUGGGAUGUCAGCAAAUAACAUCGGCCUGCAAAUGGUUCUGGAAAAGGUCCCUCGUUCACGGAAAUGGCGAUGUCUCAGGAGCACGCAAGUGUGAAACAGACAUAAUCCUUUCAAGCAAAACGAAAUCACUAUCCUGACUUUAGAAUUUCAAGCACAUCAUUGUCAAAUACACUGAUGAGUUGGAUUUUUAAAAGUGUUGCCCAGAGUUUAAAACAAAAAAUUGUGCGCCUUUCUCCAAUUCCAACUGGGUCCUCUUUCUUGGGUUUCAGAGAAAAUGUUUGUCCUAUGCGUUUUUUUUUUCAUUCUGUUUUCCCCAAUAUUUCUCAACUGUUUGUAUAAAGAAUGGGGUUGAAGAAUGAUUUGUAACUGAGUGGCUAUACAAUCUUUGUAUGGCUUCUAAGAUUUAGUUGUUUAAUUGGUU